AUGGUCACGGCCGCGUUCGCGACGCCGUCGUCAGUGGGAGCAGCACCGCGCACGCGUACUCAGUCGGGCGCCGCGCCACCGGACUCGAGCCCGUGGCACAGAUACACGAAGUACAGUACUUCUUUCUGUUAUGCGCCAAGAAAUGCCAGAAUCACACCACUGGCAACUGCAUCAUUUGGGGAUAUGGCUGAUUCUUCAACUUCUAUCUUUCCCCGAAUCCAUGUAAAGGAUCCAUACCAGCGUCUUGGAAUCAGCAGGGAAGCAUCAGAAGAAGAAAUUCGAGCUGCUAGGAACUAUCUGAUAAGCAAGUAUGCAGGCCACAAGCCAAGUGUUGAUGCAAUUGAGUCUGCCCAUGACAGGAUUAUCAUGCAGAGUUUCUUUGAUAGGAAAAAACCAAAAAUGAAUCUCAAGAAAAAAUUUAGGGAACUUAAUCAGUCACGUGCAGUGAAGGCUAUUCAAGGCAGAUUUCAAACACCACAUAGCAAAGUCAUUUGGCAGACAGCUAUUGCUUUUGUCUUGCUUGGAGUGCUUACCCUCACUUUCCCUACUGAAGAAGGGCCAACCCUUCAGGUGGCCAUCUCUUGUGCAGCAAAUAUCUAUUUCAUUUAUCAGAGGGUCAAAAGUGGAUGGCGAGCAUUCUUUUAUGGGUUUGGUUCUUUCUUUGCUUCCUGGUUCCUUGGCACCUUCUUGAUGGCUCUGGUGACGGUAGUGUUUAUGCUUGGAAUGUUGAGAGCAGAAAGGUUGCAUGCUGGGAAAGCACAGAUACCAGACCGCCGCCGGUAA